CGAGGAGAAGCGGCUGCUGCUGCCCGCGCUGAAUCCAUCCUCCUCCUCCUCCUCUUCUCGUUCUUCAUCAUUUCUACUUCUUCUGCUCGUUCCUCCCUCCUCCUCUUCCUCAUCCCUGGUCUUUUUCAGCACUGUUUCCCGCUGGACAGCUCCUGGCCAAAGGAACAAGCCCUAAAAAAGCUCCAAGUGUUGACGCGGUUGAUGCAUGGUCACUUUAAGGCUUUUAAUGGAAGUAAUAUCUCUUUAUGUUCCAAGACAAAUCGGGAGUUUACAACUUCUUCACCCACGGGAGGGAUCUACGGAUACCUCGUUCGGCUUUUGUAGCAGGAGGUGCAUUUCUAACGCGGAUCAACCACUGAAUGUUGAGGGCAUCUGACUGAGCCAGGCUUCCAUCCAACAGUCCCAAAGGUUAGGUCUAAAAACACCGCGAAGCUGCUGUCUACGUGGACAGGUGCUGAAGCCUCACGUCCCACUGCCAGGACCUUUGCCAAACCCAGAGACAUGGCGACGAACGGCACCAAAGCGGAUGGACAGGUGACAGAGCUCAACGAGGUGGCGACAAAUAACGACAAACCCAAGACUCUGGACGUGAAAGGGGCCGAGAAGAAAAAGGAGGUGCCUGACAGAGAGACAUGGGGGGGAAAAUUUGACUUCCUCCUGUCGUGUGUGGGUUACGCAAUUGGACUGGGCAACGUGUGGAGAUUUCCAUAUCUCUGUGGAAAAAACGGUGGAGGAGCCUUCUUGAUCCCAUAUUUCCUGACUCUCAUAUUUGCUGGAAUGCCCUUGUUUCUGCUGGAAUGCUCACUUGGUCAAUACACCUCCAUUGGAGGGCUGGGUGUGUGGAAACUGGCGCCUAUGUUCAAAGGUGUGGGCCUUGCAGCUGCUGUCUUGUCCUUCUGGCUCAAUAUUUACUACAUUGUAAUCAUUGCCUGGGCCAUUUACUACCUGUACAACUCCUUUACCACUGACCUUCCCUGGAGCUCAUGUAACAACGUAUGGAACACAGAAAAAUGUUACACAAACUACAGCAUUGCAGACACCACCAACCUGACCAGUGCUGUGCUGGAGUUCUGGGAGCGCAACAUGCACGAAAUGACCGAUGGCUUGGAAAAACCAGGCCAGAUCCGAGUGCCACUGGCAAUAACACUGGCCAUUGCUUGGGUCCUUGUGUACUUCUGUAUCUGGAAAGGGGUUAGCUGGACAGGGAAGGUUGUGUACUUCUCUGCUACAUAUCCUUACUUCAUGCUGUUCAUUCUCUUCUGUCGUGGGGUCACCCUGCCAGGAGCUUUUGACGGAAUUAAGUUCUAUGUGACCCCUGACUUUGAGAAACUCAAAGAAUCCGAGGUCUGGCUGGAUGCAGCCACACAAAUCUUUUUCUCUUACGGUCUAGGCCUGGGCUCACUUAUAGCUCUGGGCAGCUAUAACCCUUUCAACAACAAUGUUUACAGAGACUCUAUCAUUGUGUGCUGUAUCAACUCGUGUACCAGCAUGUUCGCUGGCUUUGUCAUCUUCUCCAUUGUUGGUUUCAUGGCUCAUGUGACAAAGAGACCCAUUGCAGAUGUAGCAGCAUCAGGUCCUGGUUUGGCGUUCUUGGCGUACCCCGAGGCGGUCACCCAGCUGCCCGUGUCUCCGCUCUGGGCCAUCCUGUUCUUCUCCAUGCUGCUCAUGCUGGGGAUUGACAGCCAGUUCUGCACCGUUGAAGGCUUCAUCACUGCUCUGGUGGAUGAAUUUCCCAGAGUUCUUAGGGGCAGGCGAGAGAUAUUCAUUGCGGCUGUCUGCGUCGUGUCGUAUGUGAUCGGACUCUCAAACAUCACGCAGGGUGGGAUCUAUGUGUUCAAACUGUUUGACUACUACUCUGCCAGUGGAAUGUGUCUGCUGUUCUUGGUCUUCUUUGAAUGCAUCUCCAUAUCCUGGUGCUACGGUGUGAACAAGUUCUAUGACAACAUCCAGGAAAUGAUUGGCUACAGGCCCUGUCUAUGGUGGAAGCUGUGCUGGGUUGUGUUCACGCCUCUCAUCGUUGCUGGGGUGUUCUUGUUCAGUGCCGUUCAAAUGGUUCCUCUCACGAUGGGAGACUACGUGUUUCCGGGCUGGGGUCAGGGCGUGGGCUGGCUCAUGGCGUUGUCCUCCAUGGUCCUCAUCCCAGGAUACAUGAUCUAUAUGUAUAUGGGCCUCAAGGGGACCUACAAAGAGCGUAUUCGGAUAAUGUUCCAGCCGCCCGCAGUGACCAGGAGGCCUCAGGAGAACGGCCCGGAGCAGCAAGUGGAGACCAACACCGCAAACCUAUCGAGUCCCACCAACGCAGCCAGCCCCUCCACCCAGGCCCCCCCGAACGCCGCCAGCCCCUCCACCCAAGCGCCCCCGAACGCAGCCAGUCCGGUCAACCCGCCCGCAACCAGUCCCAACCCGGUGACUAGUGCCAGCGCGGCCCCCGCCCCCGCCAACCCGCCCACCGUGUCCAGUCCGACAAACCCAGCAACCAGCCCCACCACCACCACCGUCAUCACCACAACUGUUAGCGCCAGUGCAGCUAGCGUCACCGCAACCACCAAAAGUAGCCCGACCAGCGCUGUGCCCACUGUAGGGAGCCCAGUGGAGGCGGUGAACCCUCCAAGCACAAUGAGCCCCACCUCCAACCUGACCAAUGCAGAGGCCAACGUGUAGACAACGAGCAAACCCUCAUGGAGCAUGUAGAUAAAAGAGAACAUUACAAAGAACUUCCAAGAUUUCAAUUGAUUCACCUACCUCCGAGGGCAAUAUGUGAUCAAAACAGAUUUUCAAAAAACAUCUAUAAUUUAUUUUCUGCAUUUGUAAAGCCAAGUCAAUGAUGUCUCAUUGUUGGCUUGCGUUCUGGAAAACAAUAUCAAAGACUGUUAGUGUUCACGACUACAACGUCAAUCUGAAAUGUAAACAUACUGUGUACUACCGUGAGAAAAGAAGAAAAAAUACCUAGAGAAAUAGAUUAGAGAUUUGUUGAAUAUCUUCAUGAAUCAAGUAAAUACAGUGUGAAUAUAGUAGAUGAAGUAGUGAACUAAACUGAAGAGUGCAAUGGAUUUUCUUGUGGAUGUUUACGACGCCUCACACAGAUGUCUCUGGUGUUAGCGUUGCACUCUGUGAGGUACAGGCCACAAGGCGAGCACAAGCUCAGAGUAAGCACAAUGCCAAUAAGAAGUUCAUGAUUACGAGUCCUGGAGAUAUGUGUGUGAGAGAGACUGUUAUUUUUUCCUUCCUUUUACAGUGGAAAAAAGAGAAAAAAUACUUUUAUGUGAUUGAAACAUUUUUAGAAUUAUUUUUAGGAUGUUUUAUACUAUAUGUGUUGUGAAGGAGGACCAAAAUCAAUAGGCAGACAAAAGCAAAAACUAUGCCAUUUAGUGUUGGGUUGGCAAAGCACAGGGUACAAAGAAGUACACAAAGCACAGGGUUAGAAAAGUGAUUUACAAACAUUGUCUAUCCCUUAAUGCUGACAGUCAGUCCUGUUUACUUUUUGCAUGCUUUCCUCAGGAACAUCAGUAAAAAAUAUCUGAAAUAUCUCCUGACAAACACAAAAGAAUAAGAACAGAGAAGGCCUUAAGCCAACAAACCCAUUCUGUCCGAGCCAUAGUCUAUUUACACGACUGGGCACAAAGACAAAACACAGCUCUGUAAGCUAGCACAAGCCUGGACCAACUCUAUGUCUCUGUAGUCAUUCCUUUCUCCAUGUGUGCUGAUCAAGCAUAGUUUGAUCUAUAUGUAUUGAGCAAUACAUAUGUAGAUGUGCGUAUGUGUGCAGGCCAGUAAGCAAGUGGUCUGUUUCUCUUUUUGUUCCCGUUGUCUUUGCUUCAAUAUUGAAAAGCACAAAGCUUUAAUUUCCCCAGACUUUUGCCAUGGCGUGUAAGGACAAUGUUAGUUUGCUUCUAUGGCAGCUACUGUGAGAGGCAUCUGGAUGAACAGCACAUGUUUACUUUGAAAAGCAAAACAACUGAGCGAAUAUGUGAAAUGGCUACAGUUCAUGUCCUGUGAAUUUUGUAUAAAGUUACUCUGCCACAGUUUUCUCUGGAAAUUUGUUGUAAAACUGUACCGUGUAAAACAUGUAACUGUGAAUGUCUGUAUUACAAUGGAAGUUAUUGUCUAAAUGUUGAAAAAAUGGAGUUGCUGUUUUCUGCAAUAAUAUUUUGAUCACAGAAGCUAAAGCACAUACCUUACAGAAAUAUAUGAGAAAGAUGAUGACAAUGAAGAUGCUGAGGAUUAUAUUAAAAAUAGAUGUCUAGUAAAAGAAUAUUGUUUUGUAUAUUUUUAACUGUCUCACUGCCUAAUGUAAAACAAAAUAUAAACAUGAUAUGUAUCUAAAUGGUGUCAUGAUAAAGCACGAUUGUUAUGUUACAAAUCGAAAAAGACUGAAAAAAUAAAGAGUUAUAGAAGUUAUAAAUAC